AGUAUCGGGUAUCGAGUACCUACUUUCUUUCUCUCUGACAUAAUGACAGAAUGACAGGCGACUUUCUCACUUUCUUCUUGGCCUUUUCCCUGGCGAAUCAAAACGCAUCAUGACAAAUGCCGAAGACUGGAUUUCCGUGGAGCUGGAGCCUGCCACUUUGCUGUCGGAAAAGGAGGAGGACGGCAUCGUUACCCGGGUGCAUAUAGCUCCAUGCUCGGAACCGAGGAUUAGGGAGCCACUGGCGGAGCAAAAACCUGCAAUUUUCCCAGCGGACAGCACGCUGCUUUUCCACUGUCCGUUCUGUGGCAACGGCAUUCGCACGGCCGGCGCUUUCAAGGUCCACAUGCUAGCCUGCCAGCGACGCUUCGAGAAGAUGGAGCGGGAAGGAAUAGUGAUGCAGUGCAGCAUUUGCAAGGAGACCUUUGACUCUGUGGAAGCCAUGGGCAGCCACUGGCUCCUUCACGACACUGUCCAAACGCAAAGGAGGUGCGUCUUCUGCCAUGUGAAGUUCGAGACGGAGCCCGAGUAUCGAGCGCAUUUGCGCACCCAUCUGGAAACCCGGAAAUCCCAGAAGGUCUCCCAAAACGGCGAGUUGGUGGUCACCAAGUGUUUCAAUUGCCUUUUCUGCCAGUCGAAUUUCUUGGCCAGCUUUGGGCCCGGCGCAAGGGCCCGUCGAUAUGCCUGUGACGACUGUGUCCUACAACUCCGGGACAAGGAAGCGGAGAAAAGACUAACUGAAACCCUGAAGAGAAAGGCCGACUAUUGCUGCGAUCGCUGUGGGAGAACGUACAAACUGGAGGGCUUCCUCAAUCGUCAUUUACAACUUUGCGACGGUCGCAUAGCCAAAAAAAAACGUGAUUAUGAAAUCCGCGAGGUCAGUUAAGUCUGCAGAGGAUUGUUAAAUAAAUAGCUUUGAAACCGAAUUUGU